AUGUCGCAACCGCAACCAGAUGGUCCAGCCGAACAAAACAAUGGCACCAAUCAACAGCCACCCAAUAACUCUAUGGCUGGGCGAAGACAGCAAACUACGACGGAUUUCAGGCCACCAAGGCUAUAUCACAACUCUUCGACUGCAUCAAGCAUGGGACGGUACGCCAACGCGCGCGUAGUGGAGUCGAAUCAAUCGCGGCCUGGACCUGAGCGUAGCCAUACCGCUCGCACCAACUUCACCAAUCAGACGGACAUGACUGAAGACCCAAACCAUAGAGCUGAGAGGAAACCGGAACAAACUGUUGAUGUCGAGAAUGAGUACUUCGCACUCAAUCCUUGGUACAAUCAACAGAAGGACAAGCCUGUUUUUGGUUUAGCUGCGCCACUCCCGCGAACCGUUCGCCGGGGCAUGUGGCGGGGAAAGGGAGAUUUGCGCAAAUCACUGUAUAAAGUCGAAGAAGAUCAAGACAACGAUGGCGUUGCCAGAAACGACGGACUAGACUUUGAGAAGAACCAAGUAGAUUUUAACGAAGAUACGGAUCAUCUUCAGGUCCCACUGGGACACGAAAACGAAACCUCACCUCAUGGACCGCAAGACCCAGACAACUUUCGGACCACAAUUCGAGGCCGCAACGUCAACGUUCGACGAGUACCUACCGAUGAAGCAGACCAUGUGCUCUACCAUCGGGGCAUUGGUCGCGACGGCGGAGAACGCGGAGAAGGUGGAGAUCGUGCGCCAGUGAACGAGCGUGGUUUGUCGUAUUCUGGCCAACAGGGACAAACGCAACACUUUGGAAUGCAAGAUGGUCUUCCUCCGCUCAAGGAACUUGCGUCCCACGAAACGAGUCAAACCCAAAAGGACAAGGCGGAAGUACAGCACCGCGAACAUGAGGCGCAACAGGAAUCUUACAACCAGUAUCGCAAUCCUAUCGCUAGGCUGCGUGCAAAGUAUCCCCAAGCGCCCGCGGAGUUUCUGGCAACUUUCGUCUAUCUCUUGAUCGGUAUUUGCGUGAAUCUUUCUGUGGCUACUUCUGAAAAGGCAACCGGUAGCUUCGAGACGCAGGCAUGGGGAUGGGGGUUCGCAGUUAUGAUCGGCAUUUAUUUGGGUGGUGGUGUCUCUGGCUCUCAUCUCAGCCCUACCAUCUCGAUAUCCCUUUCGAUAUAUCGUGGCUUCCCGUGGAAAAUGGCCGCUAUUUACAUCUGCAUGCAGAUGCUAGCAGGCCUGUGUGCCGGAGCGCUAGCCUACGCUCUGUAUCGCGAUGCCAUCUUGGCGGUUGAUCCUGGGCUGACACUCGAUAAGACGGGCAAAGCGCUUUUCCCAAAAGGACCUUCGUUCACAACGGUUGGGGGGUUCUUCAAUGACUUUGUGUACAUGGCGGUGUAUGUGUGCAUCACGUUCGCACUGGGUGACGACCAGAACUCGCCACCUGGUCAAGGAAUGACAGCCCUCAUCAUCGGUUUUACGGGCUUUGUCACUAUGAUUGCACUAGGGUACAACACAGGGCUGGGCAUAUCGCCUGCGCGUGAUCUCGGUCCUCGACUUGUCGCGCUGUGGGCGGGCUAUCCCGACGCAUUCAAAGGUGGCUACUGGGCAUAUGGCUCCUGGGGGGCAUCAAUCAGCGGUGCGUUUUUUGGCGGACUUAUCUAUGAUCUUUUCAUCUUCGCGGGAGGAGAGUCGCCGGUCAAUUAUAGAUGGCCGCAGCCUGGGGACAUCAAGUGGAAGGUGAAGGAGAAAAGGCAGCAGACAAAAGAUAAGAUUCAGCGCAUAGCCUGA